UGGCGUCGUCCGCCCGGUGGUCCGGUUGACACGGUCAGCCCGGUGUUUAAGAAGUUUGAGAGCUACAACUCCCGUUUGAAUGGUUCGAACGACCGAUCGUUCAUACUCUUUGAGACCUAAGAGGCGUCCGCAAGCGCUGCGAGCUUUUCGCUAUUAAUUGCUCUAGUUUUAACCGUCUAUCUUUUCCCCGAAGCACGCCACGCCAUGAGUUUAAAACCGGUGGUGCGGGUACGACAGCUAGGCAGAAUGGCCUUCGCGGAAGCGUACGGCAUUCAGACGCAGACAGCAGAGGCUCUCCGGCGAGAAAUUAUCGCGAAACCAGCUGUGUUACGCCGCAAUACUCUUCUGUUGGUCGAACACGAACCGGUGUACACGGUAGGGAUUCGUUCCAAAGGCUACACGUCGGAGGACGAGCCCAGGCUACGGAAACUCGGAGCAGACUUCGUGAAGACGAACCGGGGCGGUUUAAUCACUUUCCACGGGCCGGGACAACUGGUUGCGUACCCGAUCCUGUACCUGGGUUCCUUCAACGAACAGAAGAGCAUGCGCUGGUACGUCUGCCAACUCGAGAAGACCAUCGUAGACACGUGCGCCCACUUCGGCCUCCGUGCCGACACCACGCAAGAAACUGGCGUCUGGAUCGGAGACAAUAAAAUUGCCGCCAUAGGAGUGCACGGCAGCAGGUACGUGACGACGCACGGCGUGGCCCUCAACUGCAGCACGGACCUGGACUGGUUCAGCCACAUCGUGCCCUGCGGCCUCCGGGGCAAGGGCGUCACCUCUCUCAGCCGGGAGCUCGGCAGAGAGCUCGGAGUGGCCGAGGCCUCUCCCGUGUUCCUCGACUCUUUCCGGAAAUGCUUCGGCUGCCAGACCGUCCCUGACUGGCCACCCAGCCCGCUCUGAUAUUAUAUGUGCCUCACUCUGCAUGCAUUUAUGAGCAUGGACCUCUUCGCCGACUCGAGAGCUUCGAUGUGCUCCAGAGGGCAUUCCUUCUAUCGAGGAAUUGGCUCUGUUGAGCCCCAAUAUAGGUCAGUGUGUUCCUAUUGUGGUUUCUCUUUUUUCCUCCUGGUUCCUUCUAAGACGCCUCUUCCCUCUCCUUCCGCACAUCGUUUCAUCCCCGGAAUCCUCCAACCCCGUCUUUUGCCGCGUGGCAGCAGUUAUUCUUAAAAUGAUGGAUUUGAGACAAAUGGGCGGAGCAAGUCACAAGUCUAGUUAAGCCCCAGGUGGGACCGCCCUUUCGGCAACAUCGAGUGGUCAUUUUUUAUGCUCUGUAACAUCUCAGCUGUGCGCAAUGGCACGGCUCGGAAACGGCGGCUGAAUUUAGCCUGUCGUUCCCGGAUUUGCUCAAUAUUUUAGUAGCACCAUACCUACAGGGUGUUUCUCGCAAUGCGGGCCGAAUCAUUUCUGCGAAAGUAUGCGUUGCGCAGAAAAAAGGUUAAUGUCGAAUUGGUUUCCGUCAAAGAACCCAUUUAGAAACAAUAAUGUUCAAUAUAAUUAGUUUAUUAACUAAUUUACAGGAACAAUCUUUUUAAUUUGUAUGUUUAAAUGUAUGACUUUAAUUAGAAACUUUCUGGGCAUCAUAGAAAAUUACUAAAUCGAUUAAUUUUAGAAACUUAUAAGGUGCAGGGAGAAAUUUACGGUUUUCCGAAUAAACUCUCAAUUUUUUGUGGUUUCGGUUACCUAUUGAAGUGCAUCUUUGUGCCAACGGUCUUGCACCUGUGGCCAAAGAGCUAUUGUCUCGCCUCCCUUGUAAGGAAGUGUAAUGCUGAAUAGAAACUAUCUGCUGUUCAUGUAACAUUGCAAUUUUUUAUUCUUUGGUUCCCCUCCAUUGUGCCAAAAUUGCGUAACAGUGCACAUUAUUUGCGCGCCUUGUCCACAAGGUGUGGCAAGACCGCUGGCACAAAGAUGUACUUCAAGAGGAAACGAGAAAACGCGUCCAACUUUAGGGUCUUUCCAAAACACCAAAAGAUGCUCUACAACUAGGGUUCCCUGUUUUCGGAUACAUCUGAUAAAUCCUGAAAAACACUCACUGGUAAAAUUUUCGGCAAUUCGAAGUUAUCCGAAAAACUCAGAAUUUCGAAGUCACGAUGGCAAGAUAAAAGGCAAAAAUCUUGGUAUUUUACGAAUAAAGUUUGAGCACACGUUUUAAAUAAAGACCAAUUCAGAUUUUUUUAUUAGUAUUAUAUUGACAAAAGGAAGUGUCCCGUUUAUCUUGUCAAGGUUCCUUCAGUACCGUGGGCCAGUGUAGUUGACUCUCAUUAAUUCAAACUCGAGGAAGCCACGAAUUUUGUUUGAAUUAUCAAAAAUUCAUCUAAAUAUGAUUCAAGAUAAAAUUAUGAAUUGCCAUAUGAAUGGCAACUCGUACAAAGCAGAUAUGCCACACAUGAAACAUUUGUGAAAUGUAUGACAUAAGUAUCUCUCAAAAAUGUUCUUUGUCGUGGAUUGCUUAGACAGCACAUGACAACUCAACUCGUCCGGCCAAGUUGUUUAAUGUGGUCUAUAUUACGUGAGCGAUGAAAACGAGCACCGCACGGCAGUUUUCAUAACAACUUGUGCAGACACUGUGACGUGGUCUUAUGCCGUGCCGCCACGUCACAGCGUCCGCGGAAGCAGCUAUGGACAUUUCCGCGUGGUGCCCACUUUCAUAGCUCAUGUGUGCCCAGAGUGCCCUGCUUGAGCCCCGUUGAGUGUGCUUCCCACCGAGCACCGGUGCACUGCAGAGAAGCAACACCUGCGGAAACAAGCUUUGCGGGUGUUGCCUCUCUGCAAUGCACCGGUGCUCGGAAAGAAGCGACCUCAACGGGACCGCGAAAACAAAAAGUAUGAAUUACUCAAAAACGCCGUUCGAAUUAAGCGGCUUUUGAAUACAUUAAAAACAUAGCGGGUGUUACAAGGAAAGGUUCAUGGUAAGGAACUAUGUCAAGGUUCCUAUUUAAUCAGUUAUCAAACCCCGGAUCCGACUGAAAGAUCCCUUCUCGAUUUCCAACUCGGAAAAAGUUAUACAUGCUCUUAAAAAUGAUAACAUAUGAUACCAAAUGUAUUUUUUUGUUUUUUUUAAUGCGGAAGAUUUUUUUUUAUUCAGUUCUUCACGACCAUCUGUUUGUAGCUGUAAGAGAAUGUAUAAAAAAAAUGGUACAGUGUCCUUCCAAAACAAAUCCGGCCUACAUCUUGAGGCAUUGUUGGAGCUAUUGACAUUCUAUCCAGCUUCUACAGUCAUCUCAUUUAAUGGUAAUACUUAUCUGCAAAAGAAAGGAAUUUGCAUUGAUAUGUGUAGCACCAGUGUCAUGCAACAUUAUCUUGUCCAAAUGCGAUGAGGCCAUUGCCCAGCGGGUAUCCGACAACUAGGUGUGAAGAAUUUACCGAUAUAUGGACCCAGUAAAUCUGAUGUAAGUGACGAGCAACAAGUCGGCAACAUACGUUCAAUCUUCACUGAAAAGGCUCAACGACUCGAGUUUACACACAAGCUACCCACAAAAAACAGCCUUUAAUUUCUCGAUCUGCGACUACUAUUCCAAUUAAACCACACGUGCUGGAUGUAUAUGCUAUGAUUAAAGAAACGUUUACUUCAAUACGAGUCUUGCCAUUCAAAACUCAUUAAAAAUUGCAAUUGUCAACAACUAUCUUAGCGCAGCCCU